CCACCUUCUCUAAUUUUGUCUCUCUCUCUCUCUCUCUCUUAAUAUCAAUUUAGCUAGCAAGCACAACUUUUCUUAGUGUGCAAAUGGCAGGCCGAUUUCUAAGCAUUUUUCUUUUGAUGAUACCUAUGUUGCUUCUUAGCUCAUCUCAAGCAGCAGCAAGGGAAUUUCAUGUUGGUGGCAAAGAUGGGUGGGUGCUGAAACCUUCUGAAGAUUACAAUCAUUGGGCUCAAAGAAACAGAUUUCAAGUGAAUGAUACUCUAUAUUUCAAGUACAAGAAAGCGAUUGAUUGGGUUCUAGUUGUGAGCAAGGAGGACUAUGAUUCAUGCAACACAAGAAACCCCAUAAAAAAGAUGGAUGAUGGGAAUUCAUCUUUUAACCUCGACAAAUCAGGUCUUUAUUUCUUCAUCAGUGGAAACACCGACCACUGCAAAAAUGGUCAAAAGCUCAUAGUCCUAGUUAUGUUCAUGAAGCACACUACUCAUGCACCACCAUCUAAGGCACCAGAAAUUCACUCGUCCGGUUUGAAUGCUCCAGCAUUGUCACCGUCUGAGACUUCAAGUGUGGCGAGGUUUGGCGGUUCAGUGGGCAUGGGUUUGGGUGUGUGGAUCGGAGUUGGAGUUGUUUUGAGUGUCAUCAACUAUAUAUGAAUAAUUAUGCUUUAAUGUGGUACUAUAAAACUUGUCGUCCUAUCUUAUGAAAAUGAAUAAUUAUACCAUUUCUUAUUAAGGGAUUUAUAUC